UUUGCAUAACAAACAUUUUAUUGGCAACCUUUGCCUUCUCCAUUAAAAUCCAAUUUGCAUAACUCCACUCAAAUCAUACAAAAGUGGAAACUUUUUGGAGGGUCAAUGGCGGUUCCCAUGCAUUUACAUGAGACUGCGGCAAAGCGCCGCCCGCCGGCCGUUUUGUCCACUUCUCCGAUUCUUAAGGGGACAGGAACUGGGAAUCAUUCGUCAAAGAGAAAGUUUUGAGAACAUUUCAGAAUCAGUCGUCGCUCUCCCGAUCAGAUUGGUUUUGGGAUUGCACUAAGAUACCAUAGUAUGACAGGGAACAAUCAUCGAAAUGGAAUAGGUAGAAGAUCAAGUGAUUGUUUUAGACUAAUAGUGACAACUCUUCUGGGUCUCGCCCUUGGAUUCUUCCUUGGGAUCUCAAUUGAGUGCUUUUCCAUCUCUAAGCAUAGUUUGGCGUCAGGUCUUUCGUCCGCUGUUAGCACGGCACUCAUCGAUAGCAAUAGUUUUUCAGCGAAUACUAUUUCUUCGAAACCACGAGCUAGUUUGAAUGCGAAGCGGCCUGUUGAAAGACAUGGUUUGAAUGACAGUUUACAGAUAUACGUGGAGUCAAAUCCUCCAGGCGCAGAGUCACUAGCUCCUGGCAUUGUUGUUUCUGAGUCGGAUUUCUAUCUCCGUCGGUUAUGGGGAGACCCUGCCGAGGACCUCCCAACACGGCCAAGAUACUUGGUGGCAUUUGCUGUUGGUUUUGAUCAGUCGAAAAAUAUUGAAGCAGCAAUGAAAAAGUUCUCCAAAGAUUUUACAAUCAUGCUCUUUCACUAUGAUGGUCGCGCUAGCGAGUGGGAGCAAUUUGAGUGGUCCCAGCGUGCAAUUCAUGUCAGUGUGAGGAAGCAAGCGAAAUGGUGGUAUGCGAAACGCUUUCUACAUCCAGAUGUUGUGGCAACCUAUGAUUAUAUAUUUGUAUGGGAUGAAGAUCUCGGACUUAAAAACUUUGAUGCAGAGAAAUAUCUUCAUCUGGUGAAAAAAUAUGGCUUAGAGAUAUCACAACCAGCUCUGGAGCCCAAUAGAGGGUUAAAAUGGCAGAUGACCAAAAGGAGAGGUAGCAGUGAAGUUCAUAAGGGCGCUUGGGAGAAGCCCGGCUGGUGCGUCGACCCACAUUUGCCGCCAUGUGCAUCUUUUGUGGAAAUGAUGGCUCCUGUGUUUUCAAGAGCUGCGUGGCGCUGUGUGUGGCAUAUGCUUCAGAAUGAUUUGGUUCAUGGAUGGGGCUUGGACUUUGCACUGAGGAGAUGUGUAGAGCCGGCUUAUACAAAAAUUGGUGUGGUUGACUCUCAGUGGAUUGUUCAUCAAGCCAUCCCAUCUCUAGGAAAUCAAGGAGAAUCAUAUGGUGGGAAAGCGCCAUGGCUAGCGGUGAGGGAGAGGUGCAAGUUAGAGUGGUCUUGGUUCCAAGCUCGCCUCGCGAAAGCUGAAAGAAACUACUUCAGAAGCUUGCAGAAGAGACAAAGACCAACAUGAACUCAACCAAAUUUUCUUUCUUUUUAACUUGCCAUUUGAAAGAGAUAAUCAAGAGGAGCAAUGGUGUUUUGUACCUGAGCUGUUGAAAGGCAAAUUGGGCAUGGUGGGAGCGCAAGUUUGGAGGUUAGUGUAAGAUAGUGGCACAACAUGUAUGUAUAGGGGUGUGAACUAGCUGAGCUUGGGGAGUUGAGCAUAUGUUUGAGUGCGGCUUCUUUAUAUUUUUUUACAGUUCUAUGAACAGCCUGUUCUUGUUUGAUUCUAAAGUAAAAUUUUGUGUUUGUUUUCA